AUCAUAAUGAAAGGCGGAUGAAUUUAUAUAACUGGAAUAUGCACGACACGCAGUCUGAAGAAUCGCUGUUGAUUAUUUUAAGCUAAGUUCCGUUACAGUGGUACAAAGAAUUUCAUACAGGACUGCAUUUCCUAUUUGUUCAAGCACUGUGUCAUCAAAAUAUCUACAUUUUGCAUUUUAUGGAGUGUCCGCACCUCGAAGAAGCCGUGCAAAUAUUAGCGCCACCUACAAUUGCAGACACAAAAACAAAUUUUGUUUGUGCAGUAUGUAACACAGAAAAGAAUCCAUGGAUUUGCACAAACUGUGGGAAAAUACACUGUGGACGAUACGUUAAUGGUCAUGGAAAGUUACACAAUGAAGAAAAUCCCAACCAUUCAGUGUGUAUGGACUGUGAAUCCUUUGCUGUAUUCUGUUAUGCCUGUGACGAAUUUGUCAUUAAUGAUACAGAACAGGGCCAUCUAGACAAGUUACGGAGACAUGUGAUUCAGCUUUUAAUGAGAGUUGACACAUGUCCAAAGCAUGAACAUUGUGAUGAGAAUUCCGAAAAUAAUAAUUCACAGAAUCGCACACAGUUAACAUUACGACCAAAAAGUAGAAGAAAUUCAACAGAAUCGCAAGAAAAUGUCCCACACAGUAAGCGAAGAAAUUCAACAGAAACACAAGAGAAUGAUCCAAAAAGGAAAAGAUUAAAAAAGGAAGAUAGAAUAUCUCGGCCCAGAUCAUCUGGUCUACGUAACCUUGGAAACACAUGUUUCAUGAAUGCAGUAUUACAGUCACUUAGUAACAUUCAGCAGUUCUGUGGGUAUAUCAAGCAACUGCCAUCUUUAGAAGAAAAGUCAACAAAAAAGAAACACAUAACUAGAAAGGCCUCUAAAACAGAAGAGGAUAUAUUGUUAAUAGAGGAAGUAAGAAAAACAUUGAUAGCAUUAUGGCAGGGAACAAAAGGAGCCAUUUCACCUGAAUCUCUUUUCUGUGUUAUUUGGAAAGUAGUACCUAGAUUUAGAGGUUAUCAGCAACAAGACGCCCAUGAAUUCAUGAGAUAUUUGUUAGAUAGAUUACACACAGAACUUCUUUCAUUGUUACCUUAUCCCAAUAAUAAUAGUCCGUUUAUAGGUCCGAAAGGAAAAAGUACAAUUGUAACUGCCAUUUUUGGUGGUUUACUUCAGAAUGAAGUUACGUGUUUGGAGUGUCGAAUGGAAUCAAAGAAACAUGACCCAUUUCUAGAUCUUUCACUAGAUAUUCCACCUCAGUUCAGUACCAGAUCAUCAAAAAUUAAAGAAGGUGAUCCAGUAUGUCGCCUAGAAGAUUGUCUUUCAAGUUUUACAGAGUUAGAAGAAUUAGAAGCUUCUGAACUGUAUAUGUGUAGUAAUUGUAAAAAGAAGCAACGUUCCACCAAGAAAUUCUGGAUUCGCAGGUUGCCAAAUGUAUUAUGUCUCCAUAUCAAAAGAUUCCGAUGGCAGUCCUAUUUCAGGGUUAAACUUGAUACAUUUGUGGAGUUCCCGCUGAAAGAUUUAAACAUGAACAAAUAUGUACUAAACAAUCUACAUGAGACAAGAGGAAGUGGAAAGGGAGCAGCCAAUGAAUAUGAUUUAGCAGCAGCAAUUGUUCAUCAUGGUUCUGGGGCUGGAUCUGGUCACUAUACAGCAUAUGCACAGCAUGAUGGUCAGUGGUUUAAUUUCAACGACAGUACGGUAACAAUGUGUGAAGAACAGACAGUAGCUAGAUGUAAAGCUUACAUACUGUUUUAUAUACGACGAGAGUUUAAAAUUCCUGAUUACUUCAAUGGAACCUCACACAGAUGAAAUUUGUGACCUUAUUGUAAAAUGUGUAUGAUUGAGUAAAAAAGUCCAAGGUGAUGGGUGUUCUGCUGGGAAGAAGUCAUUGUCAUUGAUUGAAAGAGAAAAAAAGAAAA